UUAAAAUUGAAAAUAAAUUCUUUUAAAUACCAAACAAAAAUAGAUUUCAUUUUAAAAUGAUAUCUUAAAAUUUAUGAAAUUCAUUUAUACCAAACAUUAUAUAAAUUAAGUGAAAACUAAAACGCUAACGGAGUUUAAGAAAACAAAACUCGAGAAGGAAAAGGAAAUCACAAAAGUUCGAAAGACGGGCUGAACAAGUCGCCGAUUCCAGCCACUGUCAUCCACCGCAUAUUUUCCUUCACUCUAAAUCCGACCGUCCAGCUGUCAACCUUUUCCAAAAAUGAAAAGCAUUAUCCACGGAUACAAAUAUAUAGGCUGUACCGGUAGCCAGUUUCUCAGUCCCUUCCUUCCAUCCCCCUGGCUUGAUUUCGAAGAAAUCUCUGAUACAAAAAUCUGCUCUCUCCCCCAAAUACUGUAAUCGGAGAACGAGAAAGCAGUCCCUCAAAGCCAGCUCCGUACUCUCUCUUCUUCAACAAUGGCGACUGCUGCCGUCGAGAUGAAGCGACCGGAUUCAUCGAUAGGAGAUCAGGCUUCUUCCGUCAAGGGCGUGUCCAAGCAGGGCGAAGGGCUCAAGCAAUAUUACCAGCAACACAUCCACGAGCUCCAGCUCUUGGUUCGGCAGAAGAGUCACAAUCUCAAUCGUCUCGAAGCGCAACGGAAUGAGCUCAAUUCUAGAGUGAGGAUGCUAAGGGAAGAGCUGCAGCUGCUUCAGGAGCCUGGAUCUUACGUCGGGGAAGUUGUCAAAGUGAUGGGCAAAAAUAAGGUCUUAGUAAAGGUCCAUCCAGAGGGGAAAUACGUUGUGGAUAUUGACAAAAGUAUUGACAUCACGAAGAUCACGCCUUCGACAAGGGUGGCUCUUCGUAAUGACAGCUAUGUUCUUCACCUUGUGUUGCCCAGCAAGGUGGAUCCUUUGGUCAAUCUUAUGAAAGUUGAAAAGGUUCCAGAUUCUACCUAUGAUAUGAUUGGUGGGCUUGAUCAACAGAUUAAAGAGAUGAAGGAGGUCAUUGAACUUCCAAUUAAGCAUCCUGAAUUGUUCGAGAGCCUUGGAAUUGCUCAACCAAAGGGUGUCCUUCUGUAUGGUCCACCUGGAACUGGGAAAACUCUGUUGGCUAGAGCUGUUGCCCAUCACACUGACUGCACUUUCAUCAGGGUCUCUGGUUCUGAAUUAGUUCAGAAAUACAUUGGUGAAGGCUCCAGAAUGGUUCGAGAACUUUUCGUCAUGGCAAGAGAGCAUGCACCUUCCAUCAUCUUCAUGGACGAAAUUGAUAGUAUUGGGUCUGCUCGAAUGGAAUCAGGAAGUGGCAAUGGUGAUAGUGAGGUGCAGAGAACUAUGCUUGAGCUACUCAAUCAGCUCGAUGGAUUUGAAGCAUCUAACAAGAUCAAGGUCCUGAUGGCCACUAAUCGUAUCGAUAUCCUUGAUCAAGCUCUACUCAGGCCUGGACGAAUCGACAGGAAGAUCGAGUUCCCCAAUCCUAACGAAGACUCUCGCUGGGAUAUCUUGAAAAUCCAUUCAAGGAGAAUGAACUUGAUGCGUGGGAUUGACCUGAAAAAGAUAGCAGAAAAGAUGAACGGGGCAUCCGGUGCAGAGCUCAAGGCGGUGUGCACAGAGGCAGGAAUGUUUGCACUUAGGGAGAGGAGGGUGCACGUAACACAGGAAGAUUUCGAGAUGGCGGUGGCCAAGGUCAUGAAGAAGGAGACGGAGAAGAACAUGUCGUUGAGGAAGCUGUGGAAGUAAUUUGACUAUACAAGGGACGUCGAGUUGCAUAUGUUCGAUUUCUUUUGAACUAAGCUUGUCAAACUGAACUGAAACAGUGAACAAAUGAGCCUAUCUGCUCUCUCCCUAGUGGUCACUGCUUGUAUUUUCGAUCCACAAUGCAGGAAUGGUGCUAGAAAUAGAAUGGGCAGCCCCUUGCCCUUGUUGCUACUUGGAAUCACAUGCCCUUCUCUAUUGUAAAACAAAAUGAAAACGUGUUGGUUCCAAGUGUAUGAGCUACCUCUAUACAGUUGAAGUGUCCCUUUGUCCUUUCAAAUGCAUUCCCUUUAAUUACUGUUGUUUUCAGCUUCUAUAUCAACUAGGUUGUAUGUGCCACGCUUUGCUGUGGCAAUUGGGUAUG